AUGAGUCGCCAACCCCCCGGCAGUUCCUCGCCUGGAAUCCAUGACGACAAUCAGCAGAGGCCCGCCCGGCCCAUCACACUACCACCCUUACUGCCUCUAGCGUCGAGCCAAGCGGCCAGGCACCAGCUGCGCCCUUCUGGUUCCCCAUGGCAUCCCGAUCGCGAUGACAGGUUGGUCCUUCAAGCCCCUGCACCCCACUCAGCAGCUCGAUACAGCCAGCCUCAGUCUCACCCGCCCUCCUCGCAUCAAUUUGAGGCCACACGCUUCCCAGCUUUGCCAGAUAACGCAGAUGUUGCAGCACGGGGAAGCCUCCAUGCAGGACGUCGUCGCAUCCCAGAAGACUCCCAGAUGUCUUUCGAUAGCCCAACACAAGCUACACGUUCGACGCCAUGGCAUCGCACAUCUUUCGCCGAGAGAUCCGAAGGGAGAGAUUCGCACAAUGUGCACUCGUCGCGCUGGAGGUCUCACUCAUUUAGUAGACGUCAAGAACCGAGUGGUCUGCCAGCCUCCUUGCUACACGUCGACCAGUCUGGGGCGCAGAAUGUCAGGACCGAAGAUGCAACUCCCCCAAACAACAAUGCACACAUCACGAGUGCGUCUUCAAGCUCGAAUCCCUAUAGAAAUGCUUUGCCAGGCGUCGGUGUGGCACCGCAUCACCCUUUGACACCGCCCCGUGAGCUAGGCUACACACACCACCAUUCCUUUGCAGCGCCACUUGCCCCUCGAGACUUGGAAAGCCACUUGCUACCUCUUAAUCAAGAGUCGUUUUCAUCUUCCAAGAGAUUGCGGUCUCUGUCGCCGUCGAGGCGACAAAUGACUGUUCAUCGCAAAGGGCUACUCGGACAUGCACUUCACCAACCUCAUCCGCUCCAAGUGGGCUACAGCGGACAGGUGCCGCUCCGUGACGCUGACACUUGGCAUAUGUCCGCGAACAUUGCGGCAAAUGACGGACCAAGGACGUUCAAUCACGGUGCAGACCUCUCCACAGCGGAACGACCGACUUCUGGCGAGUCAUCAAUGCAAAAAUCGGGGAAACGUCUCCGUAUUUCGAGGGCCUGUGACCCUUGCCGCCGUCGCAAGACCAAGUGCGAUGUCGUCGGAGUCUUUCCAGGCGAAGAAGGGCACCCCGAGUCGAUGGCUACCAAUCGGGCGGAGAGCAAGAACGACAUGUUCAUUCUUCGACCAUGUUCUAACUGCGUUCGCGCCCGGAUCCCUUGCACCUAUCUCAAGCGGGCACCGAAGCGAACUUCAGUCAAGGAGUAUGUUAAGGAGCUAGAAGGUCGUCUAGCUGCUCUCGAAUCACAGAGACCCGUUAGGGGUGCGCCGUCAAGUGAGGAGAGCGGAAGCGAUGGAGAUGCGAUGCAGACCCCAGCUCAUGACGUGGUCGAGCCUGGCGAAGACGACAUGGGAUCCGACACUCGCAGUGGUCGACGGCCAUCAUCCAAUUUGGGAGCGCUGGGGAGCCAGCCUUUCGCUACAAUCUCAAACUCACUAACGCAAACCGAUACAAUCGGAGACGAGAAUCUCCACUCGCCAGGUAGUGACCUCUGUUCCGAGGCGGAGAGCAAUGAGCGAUCCCGUGAUUUUGAAGGGUCCAUGGCGUCCGUCAACGAUUUUCACGGCAGGCCGUGGUUCCACCACAUCGCCACGCAACGCGCCGGGAAUGAAGCAGCAAAGCCUCCAGGUCUCGACACUUUACCCGCUCGUCUCGAUCACGCCGACGCUGCCUUUCAAGGGUUCUUCAAGUCCGAAAUCUACCGCGCACUGCCAUUUCUGACCCCGUCGCGCCUGGCUCAAGCUGCGGAUGUUACUCGACUUCACAUCACUGUAGAGCAUUUGACUAGUCUACAAGCCCGACGGAGCGAUCUUGCUUUGCCGCCUUUGCAGCAUCGAGACUAUGCUUGGCGCCAUCGGUCACGCCUCGAGAUGCAUCAAUCUCUCACGGCGCUCGAAGCAACGCUGAUCCGCACAGGCCGGGUGACGGUACCGCCAGUCGCUUUGCUGCAUCAAUCAGCUUCGACUGUGCAACAGACGGUGGAGCUUUUGCGGCGUCGGACAGAGGAGAAGCGAGCUGAAAGAGUCUUUGACAGUGACCUUCAUCUCUUCAUGGUCAUACAUCGCCUUCGCCAAGGCGUUGAAAGUCGCCAACAUCUGGCAGCAGCUGAGGCCGCUAUCUGUGCAGCAGAAGCUCCUGAUGAUGAUCGCGCAGGCUGGAGUGCCAGACAAACGGCAAUUCUACUCCUCGAUGAAAUUCACAGAUCCCUCUUCGCUGGUGGUCGCGAGGCUUCGGAAAGCUUUGCGAGUCGACAAAUCACCUCGCUAGGAGGGAAUGCUUUGGACCAGAAAAGCUCUAGGGUCAGCAAGGUCGUUGAUCUUGUCCGCAAUUUGAGCCACGCGCCUGCCGCUAGCGCGCUCGAUCGUGCGAUCUUGCUCGAAAUGCUUGGGUUUUUCCUGCCUCGUCUUGCUGUUCAAGACGACGAGCUCGCCGCAAUUACGGACAGUGACUCCAAGAUGGACAUCUCGAGCUCCAAUCAAGCAGACCAGGUUCGCCAUAUGCGCAGGUGA